GCACGCCGCACGUCUGUGAAGUAGGGAAAAUGCAAAUUCAUAUGACCACUAGUCUUGGUGCCAAUAUAUGCUACCAUUUUAUUUGGACUUCUGGAUUUUGGAGGCGUCUUGGUGUUUUUGUUUUUUGUCGUCUAACUUGUCUCGGAUAAGAUUAUCAGUAUGGCAGCGAAAAUAAAAGUGUGUGACUUGGACCCGGAAGUAAAAUCGCUGGUUAAGAAGUUUCGUUUGAGAAAGGAGAAAACCGAUGCAGCAAUAGUAUUGAAAAUAGACACUAGUAGGCUCAUGGUAAUUUUGGAUGAGCAGUAUGAGAACAUGACACCAGAUGAGUUACAGGGAGAACUGCCUGAACAUCAACCAAGAUAUGUACUCUAUAGUUACUGUCUUCACCAUGACGAUGGAAGAAUAUCAUACCCCCUUUGCCUCGUUUUUAUAUGUCCUCAAGGAACCAAACCAGAACUAGCAAUGAUGUACGGCGGUAGUUGUUUAGAACUUCAGAAUAUAAUGGGUCUUUCGAAGCGCUCUGAGUUGAGGGAGCUGGAAGAAUUCACAGAGGAAUGGUUGAAAAAAGAAUUAGAAUUUUGUUAAUAGAUUUUGUAAGACAUUCCAUUUCAUUAAAUAUUUUGGACGGAUACUUGUUUUGUUUAUCCAUAUCUAUUAAUUCAAGUUACAUAUUAGUUAAUAAUACACUAUUAUAAUACAAAUAUAUUGUGAAAUAUUUUGAAAGGAAAUUUUGUUAGGGUGUAUACAAGGAAGAAAGAGCUUACUUUUCUUGCUCUGAGAAAUCUUUUUUUUUCCUUCUUCUUUUUGUUAAAUGUUAGCAGAUCAAAUUGAUGCAUAUCUUUAUACUGUCAUUGAAUUCAUCAAUUUUACAGAAUAUUUCAUUCUAUUAAUUGAUAGAAAGGAGUGAUGGAUUGCUUAACUAUGGUAAACAUAAUGAAACUGUUGGGUAGAAAAAUAAAAAACCGAUUUUUGUGUUUUGCCCACAUUUCUCAUAAGAGGGAUUCAAAGGUCCGUACAUAUAUCAAAGACAGCAAUAUUCAUGUUUUUAAUUCAGGCCAUUAGCUUGCAGUUCCUGUGUUUGAUUAUUAACUGUCGAAUACUGCUGUAUAAUCCAUUUGAUCUUGUUUUUUAAAAUCAAGAAUAUCAACUUGAUUUUCCUAACUGAACAGCCCAAUCAUUCCAUGGUCAGGACACAUAAUGUGAGCAUGGAGCUAAUGUACAUCCUCCUCAAAUUUCUGUAUAUAUCAUGGAAACUUGCUGAAAAGUACAUAGUUGUGAUAUUUGUUUGUAUCUUGCAGACAUGUCAUUAUACAUAUGUAGUCAAGAAAGAUUUUUGUUUAUGUAACUGGGCAUGUAACAAAUAUUUAUUCAUCACUUAUGCAUGUAUAAGAGAUUACUGUAUAUAAGAUACGUAUAGAGAACAUUGAGAGACUAUGUUGUGUGUUCAAAUUUGAUACACCUUUUCAUUCUUCAUUCUUAUAUCCUAUUUUCAUUUAUUAUCUAUUUGUUGAAUAAAGACGUAUAUCUUAUAUAUAUGUUUUAGUGUAUUUUUAUAUUUUGGAUGAUCAAUCAUGUUAUCUUGUGGAAUGAUGACUACAAUUUUUCAGAAGAACCAAUUUUAAGAAAAAUGUAUACAAAAACAUGUAUAUAUUUUGCUCUGCCGCAAAAUUUCAAACUACUUCUUUUUAAAAAAAUUGCCAAUUUACACUCUAAAUGUUAUAAAAUAUAGAUGAACUCUAAAUAUGAAAGAUAAAACCAAAUUCUGACUUGUCAAGGCACUUGUACAUGUAGACACAUGCAUGAGUAGGGAAGGCAACUUUGAAUUAACUUUUCUUCUUAUGCUCUUCAACCCUUAAAUAUACGAAUGUCUCAUAGAUUUUUAUUUUUGUAUGUGUGCAAAUGAUAGCAAAGUCAGUAUACUUAUUUUUUCAAAGUAUAUAUUAUUAGUCCCCUUUAUACCUUUAUUUUACUUUUGUGUUUUACUUUUAUUUCUGUUCUCUUUUCUCUGCUUGCAGAGGACAUCACAUUUUUAUUCAAACUUAAUUCAGGCUCAUUUUUCUGCCUACACUCUUCUCUGUAAGCAUAGACUCUACUUGUGUGUUCAGAGUGACAAAUAAGUGACAACUAUGUAUUAAAGUCGAAAUCGUUAUAAGUGUGAACAUUUUGCAAAUAAUCAUGGGCCAUACCGCUUAGCCUAUGUAAACUUAAACAAGUGUUGCAUUUUAGCUAACAAAUUAAUUAAAGUUUUUAAUACUUUCCACUGCUAAAUCUUAACUAUAAUCUCAUUUUCUGAUCUCUAUACUGUCCUUACUGUAUCGGGUGUAUUCUUUAUAAGUCUUCCACAACUUUCAUCUUUCUACGUCAGAUCAUGAAUGACUUUCCAAUUUGUAUACACAGCGAGCAUGUAAAUAGAAAUAUGAAAUCUUGUAGUAUAUGUUGAGUUGGGUAAGAACUCUGGAUGUGUAUGUUUAUUGAGUAAACAACAGUUUGUGUUGCAUUUUGACUUUAUUUGAGUUAAACAAGAUACUUUAUUGAGGUCUUUCAAUUAUUCAUUUAUCUGGAUUCUCACAUUUUGAAACAUAUUUCGAUCAGCAAUUAUAGUAAUAUUAACUUGGCCUAUAUAGGUUUAAGGUACACGUAUAUGAGUAUUAAAAGUUUGCUUAUUCUGACGUCAUAUAAAGUCACAUAUUUUUAUACUAGUUUUUGGAGCUCAAUAAUUUUAAAAGGAUUAGUGAAUGAUAGAUCAAGAUGUAACUCUGUUAAUGCAGUAUCAAUUUAUGAUCGUUACACUUAACAAAUUUUAUUGUGUAUGUGAUAUAUUUAUUUGAUAUUUCAUGAGCUAUGUUUUGAAAAAGUUUUUUUAAUGAUCAUGAUAUUUAAAGGUGAUGAACAUGGAUAAAAAGGAGACUGAAUGUGAUUAGAAAACUUUACCCUUACAUUUUUGGGCAUCUCUACCAUUGUUGAUGUAUACAUUUGUCACUGUAUUGUACGCCCCAAUCAUUUAUAAAGUCAUUUCCUCAAAUUUAUGAAUGAGCUCUAUGAAUAAUAUCCUUAGAUGAAAUAACAAAGUAUUUUCUCCCAAACUCUCAAAUUGCAGUAUGCAUGCAGUAACCGAUGACUAGAGAAAAGAUUUCAGGUCCUUAUUGGUCGAAAGAGACAAAAGUGCUCAUGAGAGGAUGCUAUGGGGUGUGCUAUAGUCUGCUGUUUAACUUGCCAUAUAAGGCUUGUUUUCCAUAUUCUUAAAGAUAUAAAUAACUUGAAUAUGCUUGACAUGUGAGGAGUAACAAAUAAUGUGCAAAUCCAUCAAGUCAUGAUUUUUUUUUAGAAAUUAAUAAUAAUUGAUAAUAAUAAUAAUAGAUCACAUUUAUAACGCGCCUAAUACAUUGUUUCUAGGCGCAGUGGUGCUGUUGUCCCAGCAGCCAUUAAGUGAAGCAAUGUCCUUACACGAAAUAAAGCCGGGACGACAGCACCACGAAUACACAAUAUUAUUCAGUACAAAAUUACAGUUUGUUACAAAUCAAUGAAUAAAUCAACUUAAUCUAA